UAAUAAUCAGUGGACUACAUAUUAUCGAAAAAGGCGUCGUCGGUUAAAGAAUUUAUGUUAAAACCUGAUAAAAUGGGCACGUUAACCGAUUUCGGACAGAUAGCUUUGAAAUGGGAUCCCAAAAAUUUGGAAAUUCGCACAAUGUCAGUUGAAAAAACACUUGAACCCCUUGUAUUACAAGUAACUACUCUUGUAAAUACCAAGGGCCCAAGCAAAAAGAAAAAAGGAAAAUCAAAGCGGGCCAGCGCAUUAGUUGCAGCUGUUGAAAAAGCUACAGAAAAUUUUAUUCAAAAAGGUGAACAGAUCGCUUACGAGAACCCAGACAUUACACAAGAAAUGUUAACAGCUGUGGAUGAAGUAAAAAAAACUGGAGAUGCUAUGAGCAUUGCAGCCAGAGAAUUUUCUGAAGAUCCGUGCAGUUCCCUGAAGAGAGGAAAUAUGGUGCGCGCAGCUAGGAAUCUGUUGUCAGCUGUAACCCGCUUGCUGAUUUUAGCUGAUAUGGUUGAUGUACAUUUGCUCUUAAAAUCACUCCACAUUGUCGAAGAUGAUCUAAACAAACUCAAAAACGCUUCGAGUCAGGACGAGCUUAUGGAUAAUAUGAGGCAAUUCGGACGCAAUGCAGGAGAACUUAUAAAACAGGCAGCCAAACGUCAGCAAGAACUUAAGGAUCCCCAAUUAAGGGACGAUUUAGCAGCUGCUCGGGCGAUGCUUAAAAAACAUUCAACUAUGCUGUUAACUGCAUCAAAAGUAUACGUUCGUCAUCCGGAACUAGAUCUAGCAAAAGUAAAUCGCGAUUUCAUUCUAAAACAAGUUUGCGAUGCUGUAAAUACUAUUAGCGAUGUUGCCCAAGGAAAGUCAUCCCAACCGACAGAUAUAUACAGUGGAGCGGGAGAGCUGGCUGCAGCAUUAGACGACUUUGACGAAGGAAUUGUUAUGGAUCCCAUGACCUACAGCGAAAAGCGUUCACGUCAAUUGCUCGAAGAGCGUCUGGAAAGUAUUAUUAGUGCAGCUGCAUUGAUGGCGGAUGCAGAUUGUACUCGAGACGAGAGACGAGAGAGAAUUGUGGCCGAAUGCAAUGCUGUGCGACAGGCUUUACAGGAUUUGUUAUCUGAAUAUAUGUCAAACGUGAGUAACAUACUUAUAAUUAUUAUUUUUAUACCCGUUACUCGUUGAGUAAAACGGCUUACUGGAUUCGUUGAAAAGUAUGUAACAUAUAGAAAAAAGCGCUUCGAUCUGGUCUGUCCGUUUGAACGCCUUGAUCUUCAGGAACAUGUACACAUCGCUAGUUACCACGUCCACAAUCCGGCCAAAACUGCCAUGCCCACAAUUUUGAAAAUUGUUUUGAUAUUUUAUUGUUUUAUUAUUUGUCUGGCCAGUUUCUAUUUGUAUACGAUAAACAUUUUUACAUUUUUUCUAACGCCCACAAACCGUCCAAAACUGGCACGCCCACAACUAAGAUCAAUAAAAUUAAUUUUUUCCAAAUUUCUACAGAUAUUCCUGAAAUAAGUUGAAUAUUCUUGGUCCCACUUGCACAAGCUGAUUAAUGGGUAUCUGAUAGUCGGGUAACGCGACUAUAGCGUUCUCUCUUCUUUUAAUCAUAUUUUACGUUUAGAUGAGUCAAAAAGAUAACAGCCCAGGACUCUCUCGAGCGAUUGAUCAAAUGUGUCGAAAGACUCGCGACCUAAGAAGGCAAUUGCGAAAGGCUGUUGUGGAUCAUGUUUCGGACUCUUUUUUGGAGACUACAACUCCUUUGCUAGAUUUAAUUGAAGCUGCAAAAUCGGGUAAUGAAAAAAAAGUUCGGGAAAAGUCCGAAAUAUUCACCAAGCACGCUGAAAAACUAGUUGAAGUAGCAAAUUUAGUAUGUAGCAUGUCAAACAAUGAAGAUGGUGUUAAAAUGGUUCGAUAUGCUGCUGCUCAAAUUGAAAGUCUUUGUCCGCAAGUAAUAAAUGCAGCAUCGAUAUUGACUGUUAGACCGAAUUCAAAAGUAGCUCAAGAAAAUAUGACUACUUAUCGACAAGCCUGGGAGGUGCAAGUUCGUAUUUUAACCGAGGCAGUGGAUGAUAUUACAACAAUUGACGACUUUUUAGCAGUAUCUGAGAAUCACAUUCUUGAAGAUGUAAACAAAUGUGUAAUGGCUUUACAAGUUGGUGAUGCCAGGGAUUUGCGUGCAACUGCUGGUGCUAUUCAAGGUCGAUCAUCACGAGUUUGUAAUGUUGUUGAAGCUGAAAUGGAUAAUUAUGAACCAUGUAUUUACACCAAACGAGUCUUAGAAGCAGUCAAAGUUCUACGAGAUCAAGUUAUGAUGAAAUUUGACCAACGUGUAGGAGCAGCCGUUGGAGCCCUUUCAAAUAACUCCAAUAAGGAUGUUGACGAAAAUGACUUCAUUGAUGCUUCUCGUUUGGUUUACGACGGAGUUCGUGAAAUUCGAAGAGCUGUUUUAAUGAAUCGAAGCUCGGAAGACCUUGAUACAGAUACUGAAUUUGAGCCAGUUGAAGACUUAACCUUGGAAACUCGAAGUCGAUCAAGUGCUCAUACCGGCGAUCAAACCGUUGACGAAUAUCCCGAUAUAAGUGGCAUAUGUACAGCUCGAGAAGCAAUGCGAAAAAUGACGGAAGAAGACAAACAAAAAAUUGCUCAGCAAGUGGAGUUAUUCCGUAGGGAAAAACUAACUUUUGAUUCAGAAGUUGCUAAAUGGGAUGACACUGGAAAUGACAUUAUUUUUCUGGCCAAACAUAUGUGCAUGAUUAUGAUGGAAAUGACGGAUUUUACCAGAGGACGAGGACCUUUAAAAACUACUAUGGAUGUUAUUAACGCAGCUAAAAAAAUUUCGGAAGCUGGUACAAAGCUGGAUAAACUAACCAGGGAAAUAGCAGAGCAAUGCCCAGAAAGCAGCACGAAAAAGGACCUUUUAGCGUAUUUGCAACGCAUUGCCCUGUAUUGUCAUCAAAUCCAAAUAACUUCAAAAGUAAAAGCAGACGUUCAAAAUAUAAGCGGCGAACUUAUAGUUUCUGGGCUGGACAGCGCUACAUCGUUAAUUCAAGCUGCUAAAAAUUUAAUGAAUGCCGUUGUAUUAACGGUAAAGUACUCAUAUGUGGCAUCAACAAAAUAUACCAGGCAAGGAACAGUGUCUUCUCCAAUUGUUGUAUGGAAGAUGAAAGCACCAGAAAAAAAACCAUUGGUCAGGCCUGAAAAACCAGAAGAAGUACGGGCCAAAGUUCGCAAGGGAUCUCAAAAAAAGGUUCAAAACCCUAUACAUGCAUUAUCUGAAUUCCAGAGUCCUGCUGACGCUGUUUAAAAAUUGAUUUUCUAUCAGUAUCAAUUAAUUACCAUACACGGAGUAGUAUCAAAAUCAUUGCGUUUAUCUCUGGUUAUUAAAAGCAAUCUUAAUGCUGUAAUCUAUUCAGUUUUAUCGACAAUUACAUUCUUAUAUAACUCUAAUCGACCCCAUAUAAUAUAAUCAAAAAUACACAUAUAAAUCGUUUUUGAC